AUGUCCGCCAAGUCUGUUGAAAUUCUCGAGAGCAGAACCUACCUCGGAGACGAGGCACCCAUCGUCAAGGACAUGACCGACCCCAAGGUGCUGGAGGAGCUCAAGAACGGUACCAUCAAGGUCAAGGAGAAGACCAAGUACUACGCCGAGUGCAAGUUUGUGGUCCACGCCCCCGUCAAGGGCCUCGUCUACGAGCAGUCCAUCUCUCGAAUGGGUGUCCCCGUCGAGACCCGAAAGCAGGUCAUGGGAGACUACGAGCCCAACACCCCCGAGAACCCCUUCUACAUCAAGAAGUUUGACAUCCAGGAGGCUCCCUCUGGUUUCCUGGUCCGAGGCAAGUAUCUGUGCCAGUCCAAGUACAUUGAUGCCGAUGGAACCGUCCACGCCGAGUACCCUUACGGUCUCGAGAUUACCAAGAAAUAA